CUGAUUGGAAACAGCACAAUAUGGCAUCGCAGGGCAGCCCCGCGCCGCUCGCGUCCGAGCUGCGUGUCGCGUUGGGUAGGCUGAGGUAUGCCAGGGCGAAGCACCAGUCGGAAAGGGCUGCCUGGGAGGUCGCAGGGCCGUCCGCGGGUGCCCUCUUCGAGGCGGCGCUCACCGAUCUCGCGCGCGAGCGCGAUGACCUGCACGCGCUCGUCGACCGGCACUAUGAAGCCUGCCGCGCGGAGCUGCUGGCCUCGCGCGACGACGCCGACGAGGACGCCGGCGCGGCGGCGGCGCUGGACGCGAUCGACCGCCAGUGCCGCCUCGUGGACCAGACGGCGGGGGCCAUCCAGGAGACGCUCGGCGGCGACGUCGCCGCCGCCGCGCCGCGGCUCCUGGCGCGCGCCGACGACGUCCUCGGCGCGUCGCGGCGGCUCUCGGAGCGCGCGGCGUCCGCGGCGCCGACGCCUUCGUUGCGCGACGUCGGGCGCCGGCGGGGCGUCGGCGACCGGCUGCGGGCGUACCUCGGCGCCGAGGCGUCGCCGGCGCGCCAAGACGCGCCGCCGCCGCCGCCGCCGUCGCCGCCGAGCAGCCCCUUCGGCGGCGACGUCGAGCGCCUGGUUGCGUCCCUCCGCGACGAAGUACUGUCGAUCCGCGACGAGGUCCGCGCGCGAGACGCCUCAUCGCCGCCGCCGGCACGCCCCGCGGCGGCCGACGCGCCGCCGCGGACGCCCCUCGCCCCGCAGAGCCGGCCGUCGCCCACGGGCGACGCGCUCGCGGCGGCGGACCGCGCGCUCGCCGGUGGCAGGGAGGCACCGCCGCUCUCGCCGCUCACGGACGACCGCUACGCGGACCUCCUGGCGUUGUCGCUCCGCGACGUCGAGGCCUCCGCCGCGCGGUCGUCGCGGCGGCGCGGCUUGCUCUCGAGCCCGGAGGAGGCGGCGGCGGCCCUGGAUAGGCUCGACCGACGUUAUUAAGAACAUUUAGUUUACACAAGCCUACCUCCGUCGCAUUUGCGGCAUUUCCAUGCGCACGCCAUCGCCGCGGUCGCGGCU